AGGCGGGGUCUGUACGGCGCUGCCAUAGCCGCCCGCGGGUGUCGGCGGAGGGAAGGUCUGCCUCCCGCUCGGAGUCGGGCCUCCUGACGCAGCUAGUGGACGGCGUGCUCGGGCGCCGCCGCCGCGGCCAUGCAUCCGCCGCCGCCGCCGCAUCGGGACUUCACCUCGGUCACGCUGAGCUUCGGCGAGAGCUAUGACGACAGCAAGAGCCCGCGGCGGCGCUCGUGGUGGAGGAAAUGGAAGCAGCUGUCACAACUGCAGCACAAUGUCAUUCUCUCCCUCGCUGCGUUUCUAGUUAUCUGUGGGCUCCUUUCCUGCAUCAACACAGCCAACCACUGGGAAGCCCCGAGUGUCAAGUUAUCCGAAGAACAGAAUAUGCGACCAGAAAUCCCCGGAUUGAAACCGGCAAACCCACCUGUCUUACCAGCUCCUCAGAAGGCAGAUGCGAACCCCGCACACCGGCCAGCAAUAUCUCAGUCGCCUCGAAAGCGUGUCCGGCGGGGACCACCCAACCUGCAGAUCAAAGCCCCCGACAGAGACUGGAAACCCAGGUGGCCGGGAGACGCCGACAAGGGGCCCACAGACCCGGCCGCUGCUCGCCAGGAAGAAAAGGCGCCGACGACGGUGAUCAGCUGGAGGGGAGCAGUGAUCGAGCCCGAGCGAGACACCCCGCUCCCUUCCAGAAAUGCAGAGGCCUCCACCAAGCGUGCAUCCCCGGAAGCCAGGACUCAGAAAGUUCCAGCUUCCCCAAACCAGCGCCAGCAGGCUGUGAUCACUGCCUUCCGCCACGCCUGGAAAGGGUACCGGAAGUUCGCCUGGGGCCACGAUGAGCUGAAGCCUCUCUCCCGGUCCUUCAGCGAGUGGUUCGGCCUUGGUCUCACACUCAUCGAUGCCCUGGACACCAUGUGGAUUCUGGGUCUGCAAAAAGAGUUUAAAGAAGCCAAGCAGUGGGUGUCACAGAAGCUGAACUUCCAGAAAGACGUGGACGUCAACCUCUUCGAGAGCACGAUCCGGAUCCUGGGGAGCCUCCUGAGCACAUACCACUUGACGGGGGACAGCCUCUUCCUGGAGAAAGCGGAGGAUCUCGGGAACCGGCUGAUGCCCGCCUUCAAGACGCCGUCCAAGGUCCCGUACUCGGACGUGAACCUCGGCACCGGCAUUGCCCACCCGCCCCGCUGGACCUCCGACAGCUCGGUGGCCGAGGUGACCAGCAUCCAGCUGGAGUUCCGCGAGCUCUCCCGGCUCACCGGAGUCGAGAAGUUCCAGGAGGCCGUGCAGGAGGUGACACAGCACGUCCACUCGCUCCCCAGCAAGAAGGACGGGCUGGUGCCCAUGUUCAUCAACACGCACAGCGGCCUCUUCACGCACCUGGGCGUCUUCACCCUGGGCGCCAGGGCCGACAGCUACUACGAGUACCUGCUCAAGCAGUGGAUCCAGGGCGGGAAGACGGAGACGCAGCUCCUGGAGGACUACAUGGAGGCCGUCAAGGGCAUCAGGACACACCUGCUGCAGCAGUCUGAGCCCAGCAAGCUCACCUUUGUGGGGGAGCUCGCCCACGGCCAGUUCCGCCCCAAGAUGGACCACCUGGUGUGCUUCCUGCCGGGGACGCUGGCCCUUGGCGUGCACCACGGGCUGCCAGCCGAGCACCUGGAGCUGGCCAAGGCCCUGAUGGAGACCUGCUACCAGAUGAACCGGCAGAUGGAGACGGGGCUGAGCCCCGAGAUCGCGCACUUCAACACCUACCCCCAGGGCAAGCUGCAGGACGUGCAGGUCAAGCCAGCCGACAGGCACAACCUGCUGCGCCCCGAGACUGUGGAGAGCCUCUUCUACCUGCACCGCCUCACCGGGGACCCCAAGUACCAGGACUGGGGCUGGGAGAUCCUGCAGAGCUUCAACACGCACGCACGGAUCCCCUCGGGCGGCUAUUCUUCCAUCAACAACGUGCAGGACCCCGAUCGGCCGGAGCCCCGGGACAAGAUGGAGAGCUUCUUCCUGGGGGAGACACUGAAGUACCUGUACCUGCUCUUCUCGGACGACGCGGACUUCCUCAGCCUCGACGCCUUCGUCUUCAACACCGAGGCCCACCCCCUGCCUAUCUGGACCCCUGCUUAGUGCAGAGUCAGGGCUGUCCCCAGGGGAGCCUGUCCGCAGCCUGGGCUGGGACGGACCGCUGACCUCUGACCUGGCCGAUGUGCUCCAGGAUGGUCCACCCAGCCAGGACGUCCGUGGGCAGCGGUGGCAGCGUCCAGUGCCCGCGCCUUGCAGCUCUGUGCUCCCUGAUUGCUGGCAGGAUGGGGAGGUCUCGAUUCAGGGUCAUCCCGCCAGCUGGGCACCACCUCUUUCCCCAAGAGAACUCCCCCGUCUCAGGACUCCUGCAGCCUGGGCCUCCCCAUCGGCCGACGCAGCCGCUGAGCAGAGCCACGUGCGGCUCACGGGCCACUCCUAGGUCCUCCCACCUGGGCUGUCAGGUGGCUGUGACCCCAGGGCCACCAGGCUCAGGCCAGUGGCAUUCCGUUGCUGGACUCAGGGAUCCCCGGCUGUCCUGCUGGGCCCCGGAGGGGCUGCGUUGGCAAGUUUUUCCUGCUUCUGGGUACAAGGAAGGGGCUUUCUGAUCAGGAUAAAACAGAUUUGCUUCAAAUUGA